AACGCAAACACGCAUAGCAUGACUACAAUACCCCAUCAUUGGUCUAUGGCUGAGGCGGUGACUAUACUCAGUGCUUAUAGCACCUUAUGGUACUGCCUAAUAAAAAGAGCUAAUAUUAAGCGAGGGGAGAGCAUAUUGAUUCACUCGGCGGCUGAAGCUGUGGGACAGUCGGCUAUAAACAUGUGUCUCCACUACGGGUGCGAUAUCUAUGUGACGGUUGGGACGGAAGAAAAGAAGGACUUCCUUACGAAGGAGUAUAACAUUCCUGUGAACCGGAUAUUCAACUCAAGAGAUACUCUCUUCAAGAAUCACAUAAUGGAUGUGACGAACGGAAAGGGAGUCGAUAUUGUGAUUAACUCCCUGUCCGGUGACAAACUGGGCGCUAGUAUUGACUGUUUGGCUAAAAAUGGUCGCAUAAUAGACGUUGAAAAGUAUGAUAGACUUGGUAAACGGAAUGCAAACUAUGUUGUUAAGCACAAUAUGCAACUGAUCAUGGCACAUUCCAAUGAGGACUUUGAAUUCCUGAAUGAGUUUUACGAUUGGAUGCAUAAGAACUGUACGAAUGGUUGCGUCAAACCAAUCAAUUAUACGGUAUUUAAUGCCUCGGAGGCCGAGAAGGCGUUCCGAUUCAUGACAACCGUGAGCGAGCUCAGUUUGUUCAACCCGCGGGUCCAGUUAAGCCCGAUUACGGGACGAUCAUGUCUUUGGGCCCAAUCGGCGAACGCCGAAAAGUUAGCCGUUAACGUCGGCAUAAUAUAA